AUGUCGAAACUUGCAACUCAAUCUACGGCACAUAGGCAGGCUAUAGUUGUUGGCUCUGGUCUUGCUGGGCUCUCAGCUGCAUCACAGCUCAUCUCCCACGGCGUUGCUGUCCAUCUCUUGGAGAGAUCCGUCAAACCAGGAGGCAAUUCCAUCAAAGCCUCCUCGGGAAUCAAUGGCGCGCCAACCAAAUACCAACCUGGCACCCCGCUAUUUGAUACACGAUUCUAUGAAGACACAAUAAAAUCGGUCGGGGGCGUGAUAUCAACCGCCAGGAAAGAGAGGGAAGAUUUAAUCUCAACGCUGACGAAUUCAUCAAGUGAUGCUAUUUCCUGGCUGGUUGAUGAGAAGUGGAUAGACCUCAGUGUUGUUGUCCAACUAGGAGGCCACAGUUUUCCCCGAACACAUCGAGGCGCAGGAAAAACCCCUCCGGGAGCUUCGAUUGUGACAACGCUCCUAAAGUCGCUCAAAGAACAUCCUUUAUUUUACCUCGAAACAUCCUGCCUCGUCACUAGUGUGUUAAAAUCUGGGGAUGAGGUCACAGGAGUCGAGUACGACUGCGAGGGUCAGACAAAGCUCCUUCAUGGACCGGUGAUAUUCGCAAGCGGGGGUUUUGGUGGUGAUGCAGAGGGAAUGCUCGCUCAAUACCGCCCGGAUCUCGCUGGCUUUCCUUCUACCAACGAUCCCAGGCCUGGCUCUCAAAAUCUUCUCACAGAUGUUGGAGCGCAGCUCCGAGACAUGGAAUUCGUGCAGGUCCAUCCAACCAGUUUCGUUGACCCCAAAGACGCACGAAAUCCCGUCAAGUUCUUAGCUGCAGAACUGCUUCGUGGCGAAGGGGGACUGCUACUCCAUGAUGGAAAGAGAUUUAUAAAUGAGAUGGAAACAAGGAAGAACGUCACUGAGGCCAUAACUCGUUUUCCGGCAACCGAUUCCUCGCCGCGACAAUGGGACAUCCAACUUGUGCUCGACGAAGGUAUAUACGAAAAAGCUACUUCACAUAUCGAUUUCUACGUCUGGAAAGGUCUGAUGCACAAAACCACCAUUGAAGAACUUGGGCCAACAGCCCUCUCAACAAUCCAGGAGUAUGCCAAAGCGGCAGCGGGACAUGUCCCCGACCCGCUUGGUCGAAACUAUUUCGCUCAAUGGAAAUUGUCCGAUGUGUCAUCUGAGUCAGUGGUAUAUGUGGGUAAGAUCACGCCUGCGGUGCAUUUCACGAUGGGAGGCGUGGUAAUUAGCCCGCGGGGUGAGGUGUUAGAUGCUAAUAAUAGGCCGAUUAAGGGGCUGUGGGCGGCUGGAGAAGUGUCGGGCGGAAUCCACGGGGAGAAUCGACUUGGUGGCUCUUCGUUGCUGGAAUGUGUGGUUUUUGGAAGGAUUUCUGGAGAUCAGGCUUUUGAUUAUUUGAAGGAGGUUAAGCAAUAG